AUGCUGUUCGUUUGGUUUCUCUUACAAUUAUGGUUUCUUCAAGGCUGUGUUUGUGAAUUUCCAUUCAAAAGCUACUAUGAUUCAACAUUGGCAGACCUAAUGAGUAUUAACGAAACUUAUUCCGGUCCGCUAUUGAGCCCUUUCAACAAGACGAGAGUGCCAGGUUCAAAGGGUUCGAAAGAGGUACAAGAGUUUGUCUUAGAUGAGUUUAAAUCUAUGAAUCAGAACUGGGCAGUCGAAUUACAAAAUUUUGAAGAAAACGGGUACGAGUUCACCAAUAUGAUCUUUAGCCUUGGAUCAAAUGAUAGUUAUCUUGCUCUUGCUGCUCAUUAUGAUUCGAAGCUGGAACCAGAUGGGUUCAUUGGGGGUAUUGACAGUGCUGCACCAUGUGCAAUGUUACUAUACCUAUCUCAUUUUAUAGAUGACGUUAUUACUGAGGAUUUAUCAGUGAUAGAUCCAACGUUACUAGGGCAAUUUACUGGUGUUAAAAUUAUCUUCUUUGAUGGGGAAGAAGCUUUCAAGGAAUGGACGAGUACAGAUUCUUUGUACGGAUCACGACACGCAGCAGCAAAAUGGGAAAAAGAUGGAACCUUGGACAAAAUGGACCUAUUCGUAUUGCUAGACCUUCUAGGUGGUAAAGAAUCCAUCACCGUCCCAAAUUACACCAAAGCCGCUCGAGCAUUCUACAAAAACUUGCUACAAAUUGAGAGAACGUAUAACAAGUUCUACGGCGCAUCGGACAAAAUUUUCCAAAGUUCGGUAAGUAAUAACAUCCGCAUAUCAGAUGAUCAAGAACCCUUUUUUACGCGAGGAGUCAAGACGUUACAUUUGAUUCCAUUCCCAUUCCCCUCAUCUUGGCACACCUUAGCUGAUGACUACGCUCAUCUCGAUGAGAAACAUAUCCAUAAAUGGUGCAUAAUAAUGUGUGAAUUCAUAAUAAAAUAUUGGAACCCAGACAAAGUGCCGCUCCAUCCAUUCAAACCAGUAAUUCAAGAGAUCACUUCGUAA